AAGUCCAGGCUGACGGACAACGCUGUACACCGAAACGCCCACCUCCGCUGAGAGAUGAGAUGUGCUGCCAAGCCCGGAUGACUCGCGCCGCCGCCCGCUGAACCUAAUCUACCUGUUGUCGACAUAUCGACUCGUUUCAAUUCCUCCUGCGCCUAUCAACAGAUACAUGCACCUCCCGUUUGUAUUCGUCUGCUUUUGCUUGUCUUGUCUGCAUUCCAUCCCAGUAGCCAACGCACAUAUCGACUCGAAUACCCUGCAUUCAAGGGGCCGUACUUUGCCAAACAGACCAACACCAGCAGCAGCUUCCCGCUCACUUGCAGAUCUCUUUCAAGAAAAACCGCCGCUAAGAUUCAGCCCUGCCCCGACACUGCUCACUGCCCUGAUCGUUGGUCAAUUCUUUUCUUUCUGCUACAAGUUGCUCUAGCCCAUCCCAACUAAGGUGCUGUAAAACACGG